AUGUUCAACGCGCUCAACCGAUUCAUGUCCCGCCUGGACGGUGGUGACGCGCAGCACGGCCAGUCAGACCAAGGGUCGUUUGGCUUCCAGGUGCUGCGCAAUACCAACCUGCAGCUGGCCGUCGAGCCGUGGUUCGAUUUUGUUGUCGGCAUCAACGGGCGUCCGAUUGACAAUGCGGACCCAAGCUUGUUUGCCCAAGAAGUACGAAACUGCGCCGGUGGCAGUGUAUCCCUCGGUAUCUGGAGCGCCAAGGGCCAACGAACGAGAGAGAUGCACAUCCCCGUCCCCACCGACACGGCCUCGCUCGGCCUCUCCCUGCAGUACGCGCCGCUCGCCCUCGCCGCCAAUAUCUGGCACGUCCUCGACGUGCCGGCCAACUCCCCCGCCGACCUCGCGGGGCUCCUCCCCUAUAGCGACUACAUCCUGGGCAGCCCCGAGGGCGCGCUGCACGGCGAGUCGGCGCUCGGCGAGCUCGUCGAGGACUUUCUCGCGCGCCCGCUGCGCUUGUACGUCUAUAAUAACGAGUAUGAUGUCACGCGCGAGGUGACGAUACAGCCGAGCCGCGAAUGGGGCGGCCACGGCGCCGUUGGCUGCACGCUCGGCUACGGCGCGCUGCACCGGUUGCCCGCGCCGCUCAACGAGCCCGUCGACGCCCCCGGCGAGACCAUGUUCGAUGGCGGUCAUGAGAAGCAGGCCAUGGCGGCGGCGGCGCAGGAGGGAGGGGACGGGUCGUUUUUGGUGCCGGCGCAGCUGGUGGACCGCACAGCGUCGCCUGCGGCUGGCCCGCCAAGGGCUGGCAAGAAGAAGGAGAAGCCGGCACAUGCAAACAAUCACCUGAUGGACGACUACUUCAAGGAAGAGGAGGAAAAGAGCCGGAAACUAGACAAUGCGCCGGCUACGAAAUCGGCAGCUGUCCCGCCGCCUCCCAAGGCUGGAGAAGCACCGGCUGCCGUCCCUCCGCCGCCAAAGGCUGGAGAAGGGCCGCCGAAAGGCCCAGCGCAAACGUCAGCACCGGCUGCGGAAAUUGAUGCAUGA